GCAACGCUGCUGAAUCACUCCCUCAAAACGAUGCGUCACACGUCAUCGUGGACGUCGUGUUUACUUCAGUGGCGACGACGCCAAGCAACGCUAAACGCUUGUCCAAACAACAAAAAAGGAAAAUCCGAUUUUUCCCGGGAAACCACCGCGUAACAUACCAACGCGCGCCAUGGCCGCCACCGCUAGCGAGAAGGGGCGCGUGUGCUGCAUCGUGGCCUGCCCGAACGCGCGGGUCGGCUCCGCCAACCCGACCGUCGGCUAUCAUCCCUUUCCGGCGGAGGACGCCGCCCUGCGACGGCUGUGGAUUUCGUUUGUGGGCCCGGCCAAUCGAACCGAGCGGUUCCGCUGGCGUGGCAAGUACAUCUGCUCGGAGCACUUCCAGACGGCGGAGGUUAUCGAGCGGGACGGGGAGAAGGUGCUGCUGGAGGAUUCGAUUCCGACUAUCUUUGCCGUGGAUGAGGAUGAUGAUGAAGAGGAGGAGGAGGUCCCUCCGCUGGAGCUGAAGGUUGAGACGGAGGUGCCCAAGUUCGGUGCGGUUCCGAUCGAGGAAGUGGUCGUCGAGGAGGAGAUCGAGCUGCGAAGUUUGUUCUGCCGAAUCUGUCUCGGGAAGCACCAGGUCGGGAUGGUUCCGCUGAGUUCGCGGCUGCGUGACCACCUGCUGCUGGACAUGAUCCUGGCGGUGACGGGGCUGAACAUCACUUCGGAGGAAUCGUUCCGAACCAGAUUUGUCCGGGUUGCGUGACGAAGAUUGAUUUGGCCUUCAACGU